CCGCAAACCAUAAAAGGGCGUCGUCGGCUCACUCCUUUGGGGUGCCAUCCAUUCCUGUUCUCCGUCUCCCUUAUCCUCGUUUUCGCGUUCCAAGUCGUCUCUCUCUCUCGGAGGGUUUCUUGGGGGAUUGUCGUUGGAUUGUUCCCUCUCCUGUUUCUGCGGGCUUUUGAUCGUUUCGAUUUGAUCUUGAGGUGUGGGUUUCGAUUGAAUCAUGGCGGCUUCGAUGGGGAAGGUGUCUGGUGGGAGGUGGGUUCAGGUGGGCUCUUUCAAGGAGAAGCCCAGGGCUCGCGCGGUGCGAACCUGCGUCGCCAGGCUGAGGGAGCAGUAUCGAACCCUGAGGGUCGAGCCUGGUGCCUCCGAGAAGGAGGUCAGGAAGGCAUUUAGGCAGCUAGCUCUGCAGUAUCACCCUGACGUUUGUAAAGGAAACGACUGUGGAGUCCAGUUUCACAGGAUCAAUGAAGCCUAUGAUGUUGUGAUGAGCAGUUUUAGGGAAGAAGAGCCUGAUGACAGGGCCUGCGAGUUUGCGUGUGAUGAUGAUCAGAUGAGGGGGAUGUAUGAUUCAAGCUGGGAUAUGUGGGAGGAGUGGAUGGGAUGGGAAGGUGCAGGCAUUCGAGAUUAUUCCUCUCACAUCAACCCAUACAUAUGAUCCGUCCCCAUUUAGAUUUAACCAUGGACUACACGUGCUUGUCCUUGUGUACACAAUAGUUCCAGAAAAUAUUUACAACUGUAUAUAUCUUUUCAGUGAAUUUACAUGCUCUUUCUCUCUCUC